CUCUUACAUACAAUUUAUGUAGAACUCUCCUGCACGGAAGUUGAGAAUUUUACCUUCCGCAGACGAACAAACGAAAAUUAUUAGAAAUGGAUAUGCCAUAAAAAACAUAUUACCGGCGUAGUGAUGAGGAAGACCAAGAUGUUGCUGUUCUGAUCCAUGUAACUUCAAAUAUAAAGUGACUCUAGAAGAUGGAAGGUACUGCAUAUCAGAAUUCUGGAUAUUCACCAACAUUACAGCAUCCACAACAUCAUGGAAAUUCUACAACACCAGUUUCAAACCCAUCAAGUCCAGUAACUUCCAGUUUAAGCAUUAAAGCUUCAUCAAAUGGAGGCCAAACACCUUCACCAAACACACAAAACUGUCACUAUAGUCACAAUGGAAAUAACUCUCCAGCAACAAACCAACCGGGAUUCUUGAAUCAACAUCUUGUUCCCAGCACUCUGGCAGUCAUGUCUGGGAUGAAACCGCAUGGGAGUGGAAUCCCAGGGUCUGUUUCAAGUUCAAGGCCUCAAACUACCUCUGUGAUGAGCCAUGGUCAAAAUUUGAACCUUGAUGGACAGAACCUUCCAGCAGAUGUGAUGUUUGGUGUUCACAACAAUAAAGCCCCUGAACCACUUCCUUUGGUAGAUCCUAGUCUUGCUUUUCAGAAGACAUUAAGAGCCGAUCCUCAGUUUACGUCUUAUUUUGAACAAUUGCAAUCCAGUAAUAAUAAUGAUGGACAAUCUGGCCCAAGUAGAAGCACUCUCAUUGAAGAAAAGAUGUUUCAGAUUUUUAAACAGCAAAUGGGUUAUGAUUUAACAAGUGAAAAUCAGAACAAAUCUUUGACUUCCACAAGCCAAGUUAAUCCGGAGGGGAAUGAGAAUGUAAGCCAAGUGAAUAUGCUUUCACAAAACUUACAGACAAGCUCACAAGCUGGAUCUGCGUGCAUUGAUUCAGAUUCCUAUGAAGAUAAGGCAGACAACGGUAAUAGCAGUAUGAAACCAGGGGAGAUAACCAAUUCAUGGGGAACCAUCUUGCCAUCAAUGGCCAUGAUGACAGGGAUAAGACCUAAAAAUAGAAAAGACAUUGAUCACAAUGAUGAAGAAUAUCAGGGGAAGAAAAAGAAGAAGAAAACGGACAAAUCACAACAUUCAAAGCCAGAUAUACCUGAAUAUUCUAGUAUAAAUGUGAAUGGUUUAGGACUUGUGGCAGCUGCUGCAGCAGUAGCACAGCGAACUACAGAAAGUAGUGUUCCGUUACCGCAGUCUGGUCCCGAAAUGUUAGCCCUCACAAACACUCAACCUAUGUUUCCCACCACAUACCAAGGCUUUCAUGAGACCAUGAUGGCCGCUAACAACAUCAGUGGUCAGAGUGGGAAGGUACGACAGAACAUUGAUGGACCUGUCUCCUGUGAUGUCUGUGGUAUCAUGUGUGCAAAUAAUUUUGGUCUGUCUCUCCACAAAAAAUCUCACAUAAAUCAGACGUUUAAAUGCAGAGAAUGUAGCUUUUCUGCAAACACUGUUACACAAUUAAGACUGCACGAGAAGUAUGUACAUAGCACGGUGAACUCUAGUUCCACAGGGAUGGACUUUCAACAGAACAAUCUAGGACUUGGUACUAGUUGCAAUAAUACUGACUUUAAUACGCAGCAACCUCAACAUAAGUCAAGCACAGUGUUAGAUACAAACGCAUCGAACAAUGAAAGAGCUAACUAUCCAUUCCAGUGUUCAGUAUGUGAUGGAGCGUUCCGCAGGAAGCAGGAUCUCACUCGCCAUCUGCAGGUUCAUAAAAAUAUCCAUAAGUGUAAUAUUUGUCAGGAAGGAUUCCCCACCAAGCAGAAACUGGCAGCACAUACAGCUGAAAGUCACCAGCCGGGAAUGUUUUCAUGCUAUCAGUGUCUCGCACAGUUUGCUCAUCCAGUUCACCUGCAGCUUCACCUAAAUAUCUGUAACCAGAGCACCACAUCAGCUAUACAGAAGAGGUGGAAAAAUGUGGAGCAAAGCACAGAAGAAGAAGAGGAUAAAAACAAACAUAACGUGUGCAACGUGUGUGGAAAAGGCUUUAAAAUGGUUCACUAUCUCAAGUCACACAUGAGGACACACACUGGGGAAAGACCUUUCUCCUGUCACAUCUGUUUCAAAUCAUUCUCCCAAAGGUCCACACUUAAAGUGCACAAUCGUAUCCAUACAGGCGAGAAGCCUUAUCAGUGCAGCAUGUGUACAAAGGCAUUCUCAGUCAGGCUGUAUCUUCAGGCACACAUACGCACACAUACCGGCGAGCGGCCGUACAAAUGUAAUAUCUGUAACCGUUCGUUUAGUCAGAGGUCCUCUCUGGUCACCCACACCAAGCGGCAUGACGGAUUCUCAAACGGCCAUCAAUAAGCAGCUGUAGUUCAAGAAGAGCAAUCAUCUAUAUACAUUCACAGAGUGGUAUCACAUUGUACAGGAGUUGGUCAACCAUAUUUAUUGGCUUGUACCAUUAAGUCAUCCUAAAUUUUAAUUUUUGGCUGAAGCACCAAAGUGAACUCGGGCCAUCACUUGCAUUGUCCAUUGUCCGUCCGUCAGUUCCAAGUCAUAUUAUAUAUUCUUUAACAGAAAACUGAAUGACCAAAAUAAUUUCAAAUUAAUUAUCCAUCAUAUAUCUUCAGAACCAGGGAAUCAAAUUCAGUUAUUAAAACUGAAGUUACUAAAAGUUGAGUUUAUUGCUAUGAAGGGCUCAAAAUAAUUAGGAAGCUUAAAAUAAAAAGGACAUUUUAAGUAAUUUACUCUUGCAAUGAUUGUUAUCGUUUGGUCUGGCAAAUUUGAGAAAUCAUCCUGUCAUAAUGUUAUAAUUUAAGUUAAAUGCAGCAUGAUAUUGGAUCAGAGGUGUUUGGCUUACAAUAGGCACGCAAUCCCUUCAAAGCUUAGGCCUGCUCAACAGAAAUCCCAGAACAGAUGGCAAAAAGCUUUAAUUGGUUUGAAUCAUUAUGAUCACACUUAAUUACUUAUCAAAUAAAGACAAUGCAUUUGUAUUCUAUAUCAUGAAAUUGGUGCAGCCCCUGUCAUAGGAGGGGUAAAAUGGACUCAAAUUCAAGAACUUUUGGUGUUUAAAAUGAUUCAUCAAGACCCCCACUAUCAAAUCACUUCUUUUGGUCUCAUACCGACACCGUAGUAAUCAAUUUGUGUCUGCAUUUAGGUGAGCUAAUUAGGUCCAUGGGAAUCACUUGGUGUGCCUGUCUGGUGACCUAUUUAGGCCCCAUGGGCCUCUUAGCUUGAUUGUGUUAUGUGAGAAUGUCCUCCAAUAGAAAAACCUAUAUCUGUUUUCAAGUAACCAGAUGCUUUAUUUCCAUUAAAUAUUGUUUCAAUUUAAUUAUUAGCUCACCUGAUCCGAAGGAACAAGGUGAGCUAAUAUAAUUAUAUGCCAUACUGCGGUGUCUGUUGUCCGUCCAUCAGUGCAGCCUGUUAACAAUUUAAAAAACAAUUUCUUCCCCUUAAGUACUGAUUGGAAUUUAACCUAAUUUGACUGGAAGCAUCUGUACAUGCAAGUGUUUAAUUGGGAUUCAAAAAGCUACAAAUGUUGGGGCUGAGGUGUGGGGGCCAAAAGGGAAUGAUUUGGCUAGCGCUAUAUUGCUAUAAACUAAUUCUUCUCUGGAAUGUGAUGAAUAUCACUCAUAUUUGACUGGUUGCAUACCUAGGUGAUGGGAAUUCAAAAUGUUAUAAAUUGUGGGGCUUCACUCCUCUUGCUACAUUACUUUUACAUGAAAGAAGGAUUUCAGUUCGCGUUCAAUCCUCAUGUCAAAUUUCAUCUAUAGCUGGAGUUAUGCCACAGGCAAUAGUAGUAUGAAGUCAUGGUACCAUCCACAUAUGACCUCAGAUGUUGCAUGGGUGUUUAUCAUCCAACCAACCAGCAACAGAAAGCAUAAUGCUUUUCAUAUAGUGACCAUGAAAUCUCUGGACUGACAAUGCAACCUUUCAAUUUGAAUGAGAACAGGCAAUACAUCCACUACUAUCAUUCUAGUUCCAUAUCUCGUCUCUAUCAUCCUUAUAUGAAAGCACAUGUUCACUUCAUGCCUUUUUACAAGACUAUAAAAGCACAGUGUUGAAUGGCAGAUCCCAAACCAGGAAAAACAACUAGAAUUUUUAAUGUGACUUUUGCCAUAAUCACAUCGUAUAGCCAGGUGAGCGAUUCAGGACCUUUGGGCCUCUUGUUAUGUUUUUAAUCUGAGUGUUACGAGUCUCACCUGAUAUAAAUGGUAUUUAGUCAUCAUUUUAUAUUCUGACAUUGUUAACAAGAUAUGAUAAGAACACAUAUUGGUGAUACAUAUAUAUGUACCUCAUGAUAGAAAUAUUGGUAUCAAAAUUAAACGACAAAAUAAUUUUUAAUAUAGUAAUAAAAGGAAGAUGAGCAUUGAUAUUUGAAGACACAGUAUUGUUAUGAAAUAUGUUAUUCUAUCUUCGCUAACCAAGAGUUCCAGUUGUAUAUGUACGGACAGAACCUGUGGCUAGCGAAAAUGAUAAAAGUUACUUAUAUCUGCUAUUUCAUAUAGCACUCAUGUUGUCAAUUAUUGAAAAUUAUACUGGUAGUGUUCUGUAUAUCUGCUGUUAUAUAUAUAUUAUAUCGUUGUUUAUGAACUCUUUCAUGUGUAUUAUAUACACUGCAGUGUUAUAUUGAAAUACAUUUUUAGGAUCAACCAUUCACUUAUCAAUGUUUUUUUGUUUUAUUAUGUGAAGUCAAGUCACUUAUGUAUUUUACAAAUUUAUAGAUGAUACACACACUAUAUAUAUAAUGUUAAUUACUGUAAAGCUGUUAUGUUGAUUGAAGCUAAUUAAUGGGUAUAUGUUUUUAUGUACCGUAUAUGUGGUAAAUAUAUUGAUUUUUUUACACCUUCUGUUCUACAACCUCCAAAUAAACCAACAAACUUUUUGUUUCCAUUUGAAAUUGUUUCAGUCUUAAAUUAUUGUGUAAGAUUAAUUAGGAACUAGUGGCAUGGCAUUAACGAUUGAAGUGCACUGUACUUACAAUUGAAUUGUGCCACCUGAACAAAUUGGUAAAUUCUCCUUUGUCGAUUUGAUCUUUUGUUUACUGUUGCUUACCAACAUAAUCAUGAACAUGGUAUACACACAGGUCAUGUUUGUAAACAAAUUUGUUUCAUAUGCGCAAGAUAUUUAGACUAAAUAUUUAAAACCCUAAAUAUUUUUUCAGCUAAUGAUCAUACUGGUUCACAUGGGUAGCCUGGGUAUAUAUAGAUGUGAGCACAUGCCUGCUUGUGUAUGUUUGUGUGAGCACGUGCUGUUAAGCAUGUUUGUGUGAGCACAUGCUGUUGAGCAUAUUUUUGUGAGCACAUGCUGUUGAGCAUGUUUGUUUGAGCACAUGCUGUUGAGCAUGUUUUUGUGAGCACAUGCUGUUGAGCAUGUUUGUGUGAGCACAUGCUGUUGAGCAUGUUUGUGUGAGCACAUGCUGUUGAGCAUGUUUUUGUGAGCACAUGCUGCUUGAGCAUGUUUUUGUGAGCACAUGCUGUUGAGCAUUUUGGUUCACAUCUAUGAGGCUUGGGUAGUUAUAGAUAUGAGCACAUACCUGCUUGAGCAUGUUAACUGUGUUUGCUUGAGCCUUUUGGUUCACAUCUACAAAGCUUGGGUAGUUAUAGAUGUGAGCACAUGCCUGCUUGAGCAUGUUAACAGCGUUUGCUUGAGCGUUUUGGUUCCCAUCUAGGAAACUUGGGUAGGUAUAGAUGUGAGCACAUGUUUGCCUGAGCAUUUUGGUUCACAACACAGCUGGAAAGCUUGUCUUGUGUAUAGAUAUGUGAGCACACGUCUAACUGAGCAUGCUUGUAUAUAUGUGAAUACAUGCCUACUUGAGCAUUUUGGUUAAUAUUUGGAAAGCUCAUCUAUGUACAGAUGUGAGCACAUGCCUACUUGAGCAUGUUUGUUCACAUCUUGGUAACUUGGGUAUGAAUAGAUGCAAGCAUAUGCUUUAUUGAGCAUGUUUGCAUUGCUGUGAGCACAUGUCUACUUAUAUAAUUAAGCAUUUUGGUUCAUAUUUUGGUAGCCUAUCUAUGAAUAGAUGUGAGCACAUGUCUACAUGAGCUUAUUUGUAUAGAUGUGAACACAUGUCUACAUAAGCUUAUUUGUAUAGAUGUGAGCACAUGCCUGCUUUAGCACAUUGGUUCACAUGGGUUAUUUUUUAUAGGUUUAGAUGGAGCAUAUGCCUACUUGAGCAUUCUGGUUCAAAUCUGGGAAGCUUGCCCAUGUAUAGUGCGAGCACCUCUAACUGAGCAUGCUUGUAUAGCUGUGAGCACAUGCCUGUUUGAGCAUGUUUAUUGUUAACACAUACCUGCUUGUGCAUUUUGGUUCACAUCUAGGAAUCUUGCUCAUGUAUAGGCGAUACACAUAUGUAUACUUGAGCAUGUUCGUUUACAUCUGGGAAAUUUGGCUAUGUAUAGAUGUGAAUACAUGUCUAGGUAAGCAUAUUGGUUCACAUGGGUAGCAAUUAUAGGUAUAGAUGCUAGUUCCUUCCUACUUUAGCACGAUUGUUUACAUCUGGAAAGCUUGUGUAUGUAUAGGUGUGAGCACAUGUCUACUUGAGCAUGUUGGUCCACAUUUGGGGUUCUUGACUGUGUAGAUGCGAGCACAUGCCUGCUCCAACAUUUUUGUUCACAUUAUUCUUUGUAAAGCUUGGCAUUGUAUACAUCAAUUAUAUUUAAGCACAUGCCUGCUUGAGCAGGUAGGGAGGUGUACACAUGGCUACAUUCAUAUUUGUUAAGAUAAUGAAUCAGAAUACCGGUAAAUACCCAGUUUUGUGUGUAUGUGAGGAUGUGCGACUGUAUUUGCAUGCAACAGUUUAUGUAAUAUGCUAGUGUUAGUGGCCAGGUUAAUAUAUGUACAUGUGAUAUUUAAUUUAAAUACCUACAUGAAAAUUUAUGAAAGGAUCUGAAACUAUGUAAACAAUAACAUGCAUUAUGUUGCAAGAUCUGCAUGCAUUUAUGAUACAUUGUGCAAAGAUGAAAUGUUUUUAUCUAGGUCGUGUUUUAACACCGAAAUUUAUAGUUGAUAGAAUAGAUAGUUACCGUUUAACAGUUUUAGUGUUUAUCUACAAAAUGUCAUAUCAUUGAUUCAUAUCAAUAAUAUUGAUAAAGGGAUAUCUGUUAUCACCAGUUUGAAAUGUGCAUGUAUACUUUAAGAAGAGCAUGCACAACUUGAAUGCUUUUAGAAUCUAAAUUUUUCAAUAGAAGAGCAGAAAUUUUUCAUUAUCCAAUCUAAUAUUCCAGGUACAAUGUAAUUCAGAACUUUUUCUCCUCAUUUGUAUUCAGUCGAGAGCUCAUACAAGAAAAUUAUUUUUACAUUCUAAAUAAUGAAAGGAAUUUAUUUCCCAGAUAUAUUGCUCCAAAAAUACGUUACUCACAAAAUAGAAAUAACAAUAAAUGAAAAUGACCCUUGCAAAUAUUUAAAAUUCUGGUGUUCCUAGAAAAAAACCUUUUAGAAAUUUUUUAUUGUGACUUUAAUACAUGUACAUUCUAUGUGCUUUUUACAAGCAGCAAUGAAUGUGAAACUGUUUUACAAAGUGAUUAUGUUGUCCAAAAUUAUAAAUCCUUCCUUUCAAAAAGAACUGUCAUUACUUUGUUUGGCAUCUAAUGAAAGUGCAGUUAUUUCUCCAAAACAUUAGGGACUUCUAAUGAUCGAUAUUUCUGGUUUGAAUUCAUGAUUUCAUAAAUUCCCUAAAUAUUGAUGUUAUAUUGGUAUCAAUCCAUGGGAUAUCAGAUUUUGUAGAUAAAUAAUGUAUAUAUACAUACUCUAUAACAGACAGUAUAGAAAAAAAUUGUCCUUUCAUUCUUCUUCUGAUGGUCAUCUUUUCAAAUAGCUUCCUUUUUCUGUGGUCCAUCCAUCGUUAAGUUUUUGUUAUUGCGAUUUGUCAGACAAACGUAAUGGUCUGAUAGAAUCUUCCCCUUCCUUUGAGUGCGACGAAGAAUUCCCAACCCUCUGGUGAUAUUCUUGGUUGUGUAAUCCUAGCUAAAGCCUAAGGUUAGACAACCAAGAAUGUCACCGCAAAGGUUGAAGAUUUCUCCAUCACCCGUCUCCCAAGGUAGGGAAUUUUUUCAUAUAUUAAACCUUAGGCAACGAGUGACAAAAUACCUUUGGGAAUCCUGUGUAGUCAUUUAGUCUUCAUGGUUCUUAUGUAUAACUGUCAAAUUUAAUUAAAGUGUACCUCAUAUUUUGAAAUCCAAAAGGUAACUAGGUUCUGCUAUACAUGAAAUGUAGAUAUUGUCCAUCUUUCAAUAGAUUACACAGUUGAUGGAAUUGUUCAAACAGAUUCAAUGAUUGACAUGCGACCUUACCUUCCCUACCAAAUAUGGAGUAUCAAUAAUAUUGAUCCAAUAUUAUUGGGCAUUCAUAUAUAUGAACAGUAUGAAAGGUUUUUUUUUUAAAUAAAAGCAAGAAAAUAUAUACAAGGCCAAUUGGUGUGGAACCACUUAUGAAAUGUUACCAAGUUUUAAGCAAUGAUUUUAUACUUUUUUUACACUACUUUUUAUUUGAAAGAUUUUACGUGUACAGAUUUAUUACCAAAUAGGCUUUUCAGAGCAAUGCAUGCAGACUGUUGAGCAUGAUGGUGCUGAACAGACAAGGAUUAUUUUUCAUCUUGAUGCGUCCUAUACAAUAUCUCUCUUCAAAUAAGCCCCCCCCCCCCUUUUUCCGCACAAUUAAAUUUUUGCAGCCGAAUACUGUUCAAUGAAUUCAGUGAAAAAUACAUGCAAUUAAAUUGGAGGCUGUUAAACAUCUUUCUGCUGUCUGGGGAAAACUUAAAUGUUUUUGAGAAGACAAUACCAUGCAUGUACAUGUAUGUGAAACCUGUUAUUAUGUAAGCACAUCAGAUAUGAUGUACAUAGUAAAAGAUUGAUUUUGUACCAUGUAAAUGUAUCUUUCUAAAUUGUUGGUAAACGAUACUUUCCGUUUGCCAUAUCACUGGUAUAUUUGUUAGGUGGUCAUCUGACCACUCUAGGUUACAUGUAUAGGAAAUAUAUAUGGUUGUGACAGUGAAUUAUAUAGAAUACUUAUGUUUGGCAAUAGAAUUGUUUACCCUGAAGGUGAAUAGGAAGUUGCCACUCGUAGUAUUGAAGCUUUUUUUUGUAUGGUAUCAUGUUUUCCAAUAUUUUUAUGACAUAGGGUCAUUAAGUAGAGGUGUAAUACAAUGUUCAUCCAUCAUAGUCACUAUGCUAUUGUAGCAAGGUGUACUUAUUCAGCAUUUUUGCCUAAAAACAUUCAAAGUUCUUGUAUCCAAAUUAAUUUUGAUAUCCAACUGUGGUCUAGAAAGUGUACACUGCAAAUGCCCAAACCGGGUUUUAUUAUUUUAAACUUAUCAAUGACAAUGGAAGUUUCUAUAUGCGAAUACCAAAACUGUCAGAAAAUAUUGUUGUUUUCUUCAACAAUCAAUACUUGAUCACCAUAACUCUAGUGGUGUUUUUGGGAAUACAUACCUGGUUAUUAGAGAUUCCCAUGUGUGUGUACCCACCCAUCAUAAAUUCAUGCACAUUAAAAUUAAAAAUCAUUUUUAUAUGUAAUUUGUCUAUACAUUGGUAGCUAUACAUUAAAAGUCUAAAAGUGA